GCCACAGUAUGCUUGGAGUGGACGUGUACGCCGGUUUGGCUGUGGGCCCUCAGCGAAUUGGAGAGCGCUUCUACAGAGAUCGAGAGCCCGCCGCCCACAUGCCGCUGUUCCCUUCUACGUGUGACGGGGGGGCCAAAGCCCCGCCCCCUGUGAGGCUUUUGGCGCCCCCGGCCGUCAUCCGCGGCGAGCCGACGGCCCAGGUGCAAAAAGACGACGUGAAGAUGGACCUGGAGAACUCAUCCCUGUGGAAGCAGUUCAGCACAGUGGGAACGGAGAUGAUCAUCACCAAAAAGGGCAGACGGAUGUUUCCCGGUCUGAAGUUGAAGCUGUCGGGCCUGAACCCGUGCCUACGCUACAUCCUCCUCCUGGACAUCAUCCCGAUGGACAACUCGCGCUAUCGCUUCCAAGGAGGCGGAUGGCAGGCUGUGGGCGGGGCCGAAGCCAGGCUGCCGGACCGCGUGUUCAUCCACCCGGAUUCCCCCGCCACCGGUGCUCACUGGCAGAGCCGCGCCAUCUCCUUUCACUCUGCCAAGCUCACCAACAACACGCUGGACACGCAGGGACACAUCAUCCUCCACUCACUUCAUCGCUACCAGCCUCGAGUUCACGUGAUCGAGGCCAGGGACAUGCUGAGUUGGGGCGGAGGGCAGCACUCCUUUGUCUUCCCCGAGACCCAGUUUGUCACCGUCACUGCCUACCAGAACAGCAAAAUCACAGAGAUGAAGAUCAACUGCAACCCCUUUGCCAAAGGAUUCCGGGAGGAAGGCAUGAAUAGCAAAAAACAAAGAGAAGCAAGACAGAAGCGAAAACUAGCGGACAUGACGGAAACCGUGGCUAUAGGGAACUGCGAUGCAUGUGACUCCACUCAGCACCUUCCCACUGUCCCCGCCGCCACCCCCAACAUGAGCGGAGCAGACCUGCAGGCCCUGGCUUUGGCCACUCUGCACCCCCUGCAUGCUGAGCCCUCGUGCGGGUUUACCCCAGAGGACGGCGCCUUCCGGGGCAGUCUCGUCCCAGAGCCGCCUCUGGACCUCGACGAGGCUUUCAUGGCCUCCCAGAUUCCAGACAUAAGUCUCUCCAUGAGUGCCGGGAUGCAAGGCACGGCAGGAAGUGAGGUCACAAAUGCACUGGUUGAAUGUUGCGACUCCUUGGGUGAGACGGCAUUCACCUCCACCUUCCCCGCAUCUCAGGCCAGCUCGCCCUCCACCUUCGCCUCAAACCCAUCUGAGCCUGCCGUGGACUACCCCGCCGUCCUUUCCUCCUCCCCCACCCUCUCCGCCACCACCUCACCCUCUUUGCAGCAGAGCGCCUUCACCUUCCCCACUCCACCCGACUCCUCCUCCUCCUCCUCUUCACCCUCCUAUCAAACCGAAUCGCCCUCCAACCCGGAAGCCGACGGCUCUCUUUCCUCAUGUCAGUCCCAGCGCCAAAUGUCCCUGCUCAUGCAGCAAGAUGACAGCCCCCCUCCCUCUCAGCAAACUUCGGAAGCCUUCAUUUAUCCAAACGGCCUGCCUUCGAACCCACAGCUGCAGCCCCCACCGGGUGCCCCCCCAGCACCAUUCGCUUUACCGCCACCCGCGCAGAUGCAGAGCCUGUCCUUCCCAAGCCAUUUCUCCAAUAUGAGCCCACCGCAUCAAGCCUCCGGCCUCUCCGUGGCCUUCCCCCGCCCAUCUUGCGCCCUGCCUUUCCCACCUUCCUCUUGCUUCGCUUCCACUCCUCACCCUCCAAACCUGAACAAUGGGACCCCCUCGCACGCCUCGGUGGAGCUGGGCGCCAUCCCCCAGUACCGCUCGGACAUGAUGCUGCACCACCCCUCCCUGCUGCCCCAGCUGGAGCCAGCCCUCCCCAUCCCGCCUGCCGCCCCAACCAUGUACCCGGGGGCCUUUUCCUCCUACCCGAUCCGGCUACGGCAGGACCCUCACCCAUCUCUCAGCAUCCCCCUCAGGCCACUCUACAGACACCAGCAGGGUCCUUCCUGGAUGUGA